AUGGGGAGGUCCUCUUCCACGGAGAAGCUGGUGUGCUUCGUGCUGGCGGUCCUGGCCGUGCUGUCCCCGCUGUACAUCGACCGGCGGCCCGCGUCGGAGUGCGAGGAGGAGGAGGACGACGAAGGCGGCCCGUCGGCGCUGUGGCUGCCGGCGGUGCUCGUCGCGCUCAUCGUGGCCAUCAACGUGACGUGCUUCAUGGACCGGCGCGUCGUCAGGUUCGACCCCUACUGGAUCCACCGCGUGUGGGGGUCCUCCGGCGGCCUCCUGGCCAUGCUGCUCCUCCUCGGCUUCGUGCUCAGGUGCAAGGCGUCCCUGCUGUAUACCAGUACCAGCUAG